AUGGCUCAGCUUGGUUCAUACAUCACAACUUUCAAAGCUGAAGCUCUAAAGCUAACCGCAGAUGCCGAACUCAUUCUGAGAGGAACAAAACUGGAACCUAUAGAAAAGAAAAUAGCUUUAACUCGUGCAGGAGCUGCUAACCAAGGGAGUAAUGGUGCUUCUGAUUCAUCGUCUGGUGGACGAGCCGCUAGGAUCACUAACCGAACCAUUUUUGAGACUGCUGCUGGGGUUGAGAACGGCAAUGGAGACCAAGCACCACCGCCAGCACCACCUGCUCCAGCUGCCCCUACUGCGGGCCUGGAUGAUAUUGGAUCGAUGCAGAAUGCUAUCCAGAUUCUUACUACUCUGGUUGUAGCCCAACGUCAGUGUGGGAGUGCGGACCCGACAGUUGGUGGCGGGGGAAGGCUUAAGCACUUUUUUGGGCUGAAUCCGCCUAAGUUCUUUGGUUUACGAGAAGAAGAUGAUCCACAAUAUACUAUGGAUGAGACAUUCAAAGCUCUAAGGGCCAUAGGUGCUCAUGGUUCUGAACCUGAGGACUUUGCAUCAUAUCAAUUGAAAGAUGUUGCUCAUGCUUGGUUCAAAUUGUGGGAGACUGAGCAGGGUAAUAAAACUGUAGCUCCUACUUGGGCUGAAUUUGAGGGGGAAUUCAUGGAGAGAUUUUUGUCUAAUAAGGAACGAUUUGCUCUGGUUGCUAAGUUUGAGAUGAUUGAGCAGGGAACAAAGAAUCCGCCUGCUGGUAAUACUAAUAAUGCUCCUAAUGCUUGUGGUAAUGAGACUGACGAACAACUGCGUGAACCUUUUUCUGUGGAUACCCUUGCUAGUGUCCUUGUUAUUGCCUCUAGAGUUUAUAGAAAUUGUGUGGUUGUAGCUAAGGGUCGUGAAACUACAGCUGACUUAUUUGAGCUAAAGAAGAUAGAUUUUGAUGGAGAAAUUGCUAAGCCUAGGGGUAGGUUUAUCUCGUAUCUUACAACUAGUAAAAUGAUUUCAAAGGGAUGUAUUUACCAUCUAGUUGCUGUCAAUGAUACUCAAGCCGUAGUGCCAAAGUUUAAGUGCGUCCUUAGAGUUAAUGAGUUUCCCGAAGAUCUUCCGGGUAUCCCUCCUGAUAUGGGUGCUAAGUUCUUUUCUAAGAUCGACUUGCGUUCUGGGUAUCAUCAGCUAAAGAUAAAGGAGGAAGAUAUUUCGAAAAUAGCGUUUCGUACUCAGUAUGAGCAUUGUGAAUUUCUGGUGAUGUCUUUCGGUCUAACUAAUGCCCCUACUGCAUUUAUGGACCUAAUGAACCGUGUAUUCAAGCCUUUUCUCUAUCGUUUCAUAAUUGUGUUUAUUGAUGAAAUCCUGAUCUAUUUGAGGAUUCGUAAGGAGCAUGCAGGGCACUUGAGAAUAACCUUGAAAACACUUGAGGAGAAUAAGCUCUAUGCUAAAUUUUUUAAGUGUGAAUUCUGGCUUAACUCUAUGGCAUUCUUGGGUUAUAUAGUGUCGAGUGAUGGUAUCAAGGUUGAUCCUCGUGUACCCCUCUGCCGUUAA